AUGAUCACGGACACGACACCACCGCAUUCUUCCGCCACCUCUGAACCAAUUCCCGCCGCGCCUACGCCGGAGGACGAGGACAUGGCUCGCUGCCUUAUGCUCCUCUCCCAAGGCGGAGGAGUCUCGCGUCAUCCUCCUGCCAUCCCCAAGUCGCCGCUGUACAAGGAGGAGGAGAGCGGCUGCGGGAGCAAAUUCUGCAGCAAGAAACCGUUGACGACGGUGGAAGCCGCCGCCGUGAAGAGGCCGCUGUCCUUGUACGAUGAAGAAGACAUUAAUCCUUAUCCGUUCAACAAGACCCCUAAAAUCUCUCCCCCUUUCUCUUCCCUCCAUUUCUACGAUUCCGCCAAGUCCUCCCCCAGGACUCACGAGUGCUCCUACUGCGGCGCCGAAUUCUCGUCCGGCCAGGCGUUGGGCGGCCACAUGAGACGCCACCGUAACUCCACCGCCGCCACCGCCGCCUCGCAGUUGAGCCCGAGCUCUUCCAGCUUCGAGAAAAGGGUACUCCAAAAGGAAGAAAAUAAUGGGAAAGGUUUGAAUUUGGAUCUCAACCUCCUCCCCGCCGGAGAAGAUAAUCAAGAUCAUCGUCGUGCUAGGGAGCCAAUCGUGAAAUGA